AUGGGCGGCCGCUUCGAGUAUAGCUACAUCUCAUGGAGCACCAUGGAAGGCAACAACGAUGCAAUCUGGUGGGAUAUGUGGGCCAGGAACAAAGCUUGGACGGUCUUGCCUCCGACGCAAGAGCAAAGGCAUCGCCGUUGUGGCGAGGCGUUGUACCUCGGCGACGGAAUGGUGAACGUGAAAUUUUGCUUCGUUCACCAUCCGAACAUGGACUUGAAGCCCACCUGGAAGAUGUACAUCGCUCGAAGUGGCAUCGCGAUCAUCGUGCGACCAACUGGAAAUCCUCAAGGCCUCAAAGUCUUGAAAUUUGUUUGGCAUCGCCAGACCAAAGCAGUGGACGUGGUGUCUGCCUUGCAUGGAGAGCUGGUGGUGACGCUUUCUAGCAAAUGGGGGCCCACGAGCAAAUUUGUCAAGGCGCAUGCGGGCAGGUCUAAAAUUUUUGGCAAACCAUGGCCAAAACAAUUAUAG